CUCUCUCCCCCCCGGGCCUCCCCCUCUCCCUCUCCCCAUGGCUGUGCUCCGCGCUCUCCACCGGCCGCUGCUGGUGCUGAGCCGACAGCCCGCGGUGUCCGGGCUCCGAGCUCAGGCCCCGGGGCCGCGGCCCCACAGCAGCUCCGUGUCCGUCGACGACACCGUGAACGGCCUGAGCGAGGAGCAGAGACAGCUUCGAGAAAUGAUGUACAAGUUCUGCCAGGAGAACCUCGCUCCCAAAGCCCAGGACAUAGACCGGGACAAUAUCUUCCCCGAGUUGAAGGAAUUCUGGAAGAAGCUUGGUGACCUCGGAGCUCAUGGGAUCACAGCUCCCGUGGAGUACGGAGGGACUGGCGGUGGAUAUCUGGAUCAUGUGAUCAUCAUGGAGGAGAUAUCUCGUGCGUCGGCUGCCAUCGGGCUGAGUUAUGGAGCCCACUCCAACCUGUGCAUCAAUCAGCUGGUCAGAAACGGCAACGAGGAGCAGAAGAAGAAAUACUUACCCAAGUUAAUCAGUGGGGAACACAUGGGAGCUCUUGCGAUGAGCGAGCCCAACGCAGGGUCUGACGUUGUCUCCAUGAAAAUGAAAGCAGAUAAACAAGGUGAUCACUACGUCCUGAACGGGAGCAAGUUCUGGAUAACCAAUGGCCCUGACGCAGACGUUCUCAUCGUCUACGCUAAGACCGACCUUCACGCCAAACCCGCCCAUGGCAUCACUGCGUUCAUUAUUGAGAAGGGCAUGCCCGGGUUCAGUACGGCUCAGAAACUGGAUAAGCUGGGAAUGAGAGGCUCCAGCACUUGUGAACUCAUCUUUGAAGAUUGCAAGGUCCCAGCUAAGAAUGUGUUGGGAGAGAUUAACCGCGGAGUGUAUGUACUGAUGAGUGGGCUGGACUUGGAGCGCCUGGUGUUGGCUGCUGGCCCACUGGGCCUGAUGCAGGCAGUUCUGGACAACGCUAUUCCUUACCUACAUGUGCGUGAAGCUUUUGGACAGAAGAUCGGCGAGUUUCAGCUUUUACAGGGCAAGAUGGCUGACAUGUUCACUCGUCUGAGCGCGUGCAGGCAGUACGUCUACAAUGUGGCAAGAGCGUGUGACCAGGGGCACCUGAGCAGCAUGGAUUGUGCUGGUGUCAUUCUGUAUUCUGCAGAGGCAGCCACUCAGGUGGCCCUGGAUGGGAUUCAGUGUCUGGGUGGCAAUGGCUACAUCAACGACUACCCAAUGGGCCGAUUUCUGCGAGACGCUAAGCUGUACGAGAUCGGAGCUGGCACCAGUGAAGUCAGGAGACUCAUCAUUGGCAGAGCCUUCAACGCCAUUUACAAAUAAGUCAGCCUUUCAGCACACGGACUACAACUGCCGUUCUUCCCUGGGCAAGCAUUCUGCACUAUGGUGCAACAGGGACCUGUAACACAGGGAAAUCAAGACACAAAUCAUGAAUGUUGAUCUCUUAAAUCGAAUGUGCAGUGAUCUGAGGCUGUGUCAUAGGGAAUGAUACAAUUGACAGCAAAAACCCUCAUCUUUCUCUUCAGAUACCAGCCUAGAAACGAUGGAGGGAAUUGGUUUCUCCACGCCUUACAAAUUACGUUUGUUAGAUUUCUGACAGGGAUUGCUUGAGGCAGCACACAUCAGCCUCGGGUGACACCUCAGCCAUAUUGACCCUCAGUCCUGGCUCUGACAGCCUUGUGUGUGCAGAAGGAGGUGCUAGCUUUUUAACUAACCAAUAGAUAAUUUAUAGAGCAUGUAUAAUUGGACGUAAUAUCAUUCAAUGACUUUUAUAAUACAGUCUGUAUCCAAGUC